AUGGAUCACCAGCAGGAAGACGCCAUGCAAGACUUAUAUGAAUCACCAAAUUCGAAGAAUGAAGGAGAACAGUUAGCCAGUGGAGUAAAAGCACUUCAGCUAUCAAACGAUGAAAAAGAUAGGCUUUACUCCACCUGGAAAUACUCCCUCAUCAUCAAGCUAUUUGGGAAAAGGAUUAUGCACCACUAUUUAAAAGUAAAAAUACAAGAGCUAUGGAAAUCCAUAAAGCAAUUCCCUCUAAUUGACCUAAGGUCAGACUACUUCAUAGUAAAAUUCACAAAAGAAGAAAAUAUGAAUAAUGUUCUUAGGAAUGGACCUUGGUUUGUCAAUGGUCACUUCCUCUCUGUUAUAAAAUGGCAACCCAACUUUGUUGCCGGCAAAGCACAGCAAACAAACACCAUUGUGUGGAAAAGAUUACCACAGUUACCAACAGAAUAUUAUGAUGGAGCACUACUUAAAUGCAUAGGAAACUCAAUCGGCACUCUAUUGAAGAUAGAUGCCUGCACCAGCUCUACCCUGAGGGGACAAUAUGCACGCCUUUGCACACAAGUUCCACUAGAAGAGCCAGUCACAACAUGUAUACAAAUUGACUCCCAUCUUCAACAGAUUAUUUAUGAAGGAGAAGUUUUCUUGUGCAAAUACUAUGGUAGGAUGGGACACACAGCUAUUCGAUGCCUCCAUCGUCAACGUGGCAAAAGACCCAUCCCAGAAUCAACACAAGAUGGCCAAGAAAUAGCCCAAGACAGUAGCACCCUUCACAAACAACAGAUGGUUAAGGACAAUUCAAGUGAGUGGCAAACAGUCUCCUUUGCCAAAAGAAGAAGAAACACAACAAAUCAAAAACAGAGACCAAGAGAAGCUGUGAAGGAGAAAAAGUUACAACAUAGCCCAGGUAUUGGUGUUUCUUUCACUACGAAAGAACAAGAACAAGAAGACUCCAAGUCUGCAACUCAUUCUACUACUCUCAUCGCCUAUCCUUCACUCUCUUCACAUUUGGCAUCUCCUUCUGGCCAAGUGGACAUGCAAGUGGAUUCACCAAAUCUGCAUGCCAAAAUCCACACGCUUAAUUCCCCUAAUCCGAGCCUUAGCAAAUUUCACUCAAUAGAUACACAAUCAUCAGCCCUUAUAAACCUAUCACACAUUCCACACAAUAUUACUCCUGCUUUCAUCUCCCAAAAUGUUACACCACCUUCUCCCACUCCUCUCCAGAACACAUUUACUCCUUCGACCACAUCCCAUCAGAUUAGCAACCAACCCCAUGAACAACUACCUCCACCACUAGCACACCACCAGUUGGGAUAUGCAACCCAGCCACUACCACCAUUCCACCCACCUCAAUCCUGGAUCGAACAAGGGCUCCAGGGAUAG